UUGGGUUUCUUAUUUCAGAAGUUUCUCAAAGUCUAGAGAGAGAGAGAGAGAGAGAGAGAGAGAAUGCUGGGAAGAGUAAGACGAUGUACAAUUAACUCGCUGGAGCAACUGGAGUUGGAGAGGCCAUCGUCCAAGCUCAUCAAAGCUGACUCUCUCUCCGUCUAUGAGACAACUCUUAUGAAGCUAAGAGAAGGCUCUCGACGUGAUACAAGCUUUCCUACAGAGAGUUCAGUAGAUGGAAGUAUAUGUUGCAUUACUUCAGGUGGCUCACCCAAAGAGGAGGCAUCAAUAACCGAUACUGAUUCUUCCAGUGAAUAUCUUGAAGAUACUACUAGUUGUCCGCCCACAGGCUCCUCAAGAGAAACAAAGAAGAGCAACUUGUCACUUGCUUACAUGUUUUCCAGGUAUAGAAGUUCUCAGUGUGCUGGAGGCACAAAUGAGGAGGAUGCAAUGAUCAUAGAAGAUGGUAUCGGUUCUGCAAACACUUCACUUAGUCCCAAUAAUAAUCAGUUGAUGAGCAGCUCAGUACAAUCCGUACGACAGGAACACAUUUGUUCCCCUAUGAUUUGAGUAUUAUGACCCAAGUCUUCUGAUAAAUGCAGAUUUAGUGGUUGUAUUGCUAUCAUGUUCUCUAUUGUCAUCUUGUAUUUUUUAUUUAUUGUUGUGCAAGAGUUGUUUAUAAAUGAUGGAUGAGUUGAGCCAAUUCUUCCAAUGUUGUAAUUGUAGCUCUUCAUGCUCAUCUUAAUUGACCAAAAAAGUGUGGGGUCCA